UCCUUUCGAGGUUUACAGCAGUCUUCUUAAACCCUUGGCAAUCGGGGCCUUCCUUUCCCUCGCUAAUGGGCAAUGGCGACUUCCAUGAUCCUACUUUCCCACCUCCGUCGUUCCAAUCGUCUGUCCACUCGCUCUCUCUCGCGUGUCUCUCACCUCCCUUACCUCUCGGCACCUUUAUCUCACCCCAACAUUUCGCCAAGCGUCUCUCCACUCCCCCCUUCCAUCUCUCGAUCCUUCUUUUCUUCGGCCUAUAACGUUGAAGAAUCAAUCCUUCCGGUUCGUGCAAUCGUUUCGUUGCUUGAUGGUUACCAUAAUCUCAGUGGCUUCCCUUGGUGGAUUACUAUUGCAACUGCCACUGUGGGUAUGCGAUUUGCAUUGUUGCCAGCAGUUGUUAUUCAUCUUCAGAAGUUGAAAAGGAUUGGAGAGUUAGGUCCAAAAUACAACAGGCAAAUGCUGACCUCAGUAUGUGUUCUUAGAAGAAGUUACAUGGAUCAAAUUUUACAUUUCCGGAAGGAAAGAAAGGCAAUUGGAUGCCCCUCAUUUUUAUGGUUUCUUGCACCCUUCUUCACUCAGGUCCCGUGCCUUCUUUUAUGGGUGACCAGCAUUCGCAGAAUGUCAUUGGAUAAUCAUCCUGGAUUUGAUAGUGGUGGUGCAUUAUGGUUCCAAAAUUUAACUGAACUUCCUCAUGGUGUUUUAGGCCCUAUCUUUCCGUUUCUGAUUGCUAGUUUGCACUACAUCAAUGUUCAGAUUUCUUUUGGGACAUCUUCAGUUAAGAAAGCUGAUCCGCUCUUGGCGAAAGUUUACAAGUUCUAUUUGGAUUUUCUGACAUUGCCCUUUUUUGGUAUCGGUUUCUUGAUUCCCCAGGGAAGUCUAGUCUACUGGGUUACCAAUAGUUCAUUAAGUCUUAUUCAGCAAUUAACCCUCAAACACCCUGCUGUUCGUGCAAAGUUGGGCUUACCAGAUAAGGAUGCUCUUGCAAGAGUAGAAAAUUCUGGAGAAAGUAGUGCAGCAGGAACACCAUCUGUGGAGCCACCCUCAAAGCAACACAGAAUUGCUGUUCAAAACUUAAGUCCUAAAGAACUGCUUGCGCUUUCAAUCAAACACUUGUCACGAGAGGACAAAGAUCUAGCAAUUUCAUUGCUAAAAUUGGCCCUUGACAAAGAUCCUGAAUAUGUAAAAGCUAUGGUUGUCAUGGGGCAGACUCUAAUGCAAAAAGGACUGCUGGUGGAGGCUAGUGAAUAUUUAGAGGAUGCCAUUUCAAAGCUCUCUCUCUCUGGCCAUCUGACAGAAGUUGAGGAUGUUGAUCAUUUAAUUCUAUCAUCUCAAUGGGCUGGUGUUGUCUAUAUGAAACAGGGUAAGAAGGCAGAAGGACUUGCACACCUGGAAAGAAUUGCAAAUUUGAAAGAGCCAGAGGAUCCCAAGAGCAAAGCUCAUUACUUUGAUGGAUUGUUGUUGCUCUCAAGUGCUUUACUUGACUCAGGGCGUAAGGUUGAAGCAUUAAAGUUUUUGCGCUUAGUUGUUGCUUAUAAUCCCAAUUAUAACUAUUUAUUGGAAGAAGUAGAGAAGGAAGAAGAUAAUUUUGCUAGCGGUCUUGUUAACAGUAGGAGACGAGAUUACUGAUUUUUUCCGCAUAAUUGUAUCAUUAUAUGAGAUGUAUUCAUUUGUUUGUUUGAUUCUCAAUAAUUGAAUUAUAGAAUAAAGCCUCAGCCAAGUAGGCUGCCUCCUGUAUGUUUAGCACCAGCAAUUUUGGGGACCUUAUUUUCUGUUUUCAAUAUAUUCAAUGCUAGAAAAGUUUUUGGUGGCCGUACAAGGUGUUUGGCU